GGUUUUUUGAUGGUUUCCCUAACGACGAGCUAUUGAUCAUUUUCGUCAGUUAAAUUAACGAUAUUGUGGAUUUGACGCCGGAUGGGAAUUACCAAGUUUGAUUUAAUGAUUUUUAGAUAUCAGAUGAUUAUAAAUCUUGAAGACAUUGCACUGCUGAUUAUUUGUGGAGAGCAAUUGAGUUCACGGUAAGGAUCUUUGGAAAGACAUAUUAAAGACCAAAGAGUACCAGUGAAACCUUGUUCGUAAUUUUUUUGAAGUCUAGUAGUGCAUAGUGAACUCAAUUCUUCAAGCAUCCCUAGAGACGAAGAUGGAAGACUGGGAGUGUGUGGACUCGGUAAUACAUAAUUUGAUCUGCAACCGGGUCAGCAAGAUGCAUAGAACAUCAAAACCUGACCAGUGGAUAUAUGUUCCAACUGCGAAAAACCCAGCUGACCAAGCAACUAGGUCUAUCCCAGCUACUGAGUUAAAUGAUUCAUUGUGGAUGUCUGGGCCUGAAUUCCUGAAACAAAGAUAUCUGUCAACUGACCAGAACCGUAUAGAAAGAAAUGUAGAGCUCCUACCUAAUGAUCCAGAGGUGCGUCCAAGUACCAUCGCCUGUAACAAGGUUGUCUUGAACCAGACAUGCAUUGGAGUUGAAAGAUUCAGCCGAAUAUUUCCAGCUGGGAAUCAGCAGUUCGAGCUGUUACAAAUCUUAAACAUAUUGCUCGUUCAUUUACACGCAACAACGAACUUGAAUGUGGGUGUACAGGUUGGCAUGUAUGCCAGACACCAAAAUCAGUAGAGGAGAGAUUUGAAGCAGAGAAUAUGAUUAUUAAGAGUGUCCAGGGUGAGACCUUCGCUGCAGAGAUGUCGGAGGUGAGAAGUGGAAAGCUAACAAAGAGCAACAAGCUCAUAAAAUGGAACCCUUACAUUGAUAACAGAGGAAUUCUUAGAGUUGGCGGUAGGCUGAGCUAUUCGCAACUGCCAGAAAGAGCUGCUCAUCCAGCCAUAUUACCGAAAAAUUGUCAUGUAUCGACUCUUCUCAUUAGACACUACCACCAAAAAUGCAACCACCAAGGAAGACACAUCUCUCUAGGAACCUUAAGGAAUGAAGGUUAUUGGAUACUGGGUGGCCAACGGCAAGUAUCGAAAGUUAUUGAAGACUGUGUGGUGUGCAAAAGGCUUCGAGGAAAGGUGCAAGAACAGAUUAUGGCAGACUUACCCGAAGAAAGGUUGACCGAAGCACCACCAUUCACCUUUGUGGGAGCUGAUGUGUUUUGACCGUGGUUGAUACGUAGUUCCAAAACUCGAAGUGCAGUUCAAGCUAAGAGGUGGGCUGUCCUGUUUACUUGCAUGGUUACGAGAGGUAUUCACGUGGAAAUAUUGGAGUCUAUGGACAGCUCAUGUUUUAUUAAUGCCCUUAGAAGGUUUUUUGCGAUCAGAGGCCCAGUCAAGCAGAUUCGUUCGGACUGUGGCACAAAUUUUGUAGGAGCAUGCAACGAGCUUGGACACCAACUUGUUGACAAAGAUUGUGUGAAACGAUACCUGUUAGGACGUGGAUGUGAGUGGAUUUUUAAUCCUCCCCAUGCCUCACAUAUGGGGGGAGCUUGGGAGAGGUUAAUAGGGAUGGCCAGGCGCAUUUUAGAUUCUGUUCUAAGAGAAGUGAAACCAAGCCGGCUUACCCACGAGGUUUUAGUCACACUAAUGGCGGAAGUGUCCGCAAUUCUAAACUCCCGUCCUCUGUUACCAGACAGUGAUGACCCAGAGCUGCCAAUAAACUUAUCACCUAACAUGUUGCUUACAAUGAAAGCAUCACAGAUAACAGCCCCAGAAGGACCUUUCAACCAGAAUGAUCUGUUGAGAAAUCAGUGGAGACGUGUUCAGCACUUAUCAAACAUGUUUUGGUUGAAAUGGAGAAAGCAUUACCUACCGCUGUUGCAGGCGAGGAGAAAGUGGCAGACACCAAUGAAGGAUUUGCAAAAAGACGAUGUUGUUCUUGUUAGAGAUUCUGCCUCGUCUCGCUGCAGUUGGCCUUUCGGUAGAAUUUUACAUGUUGAACCAAGUGCUGAUGGGAGAGUUCGCAAAGUGUCCAUAGAGAUGGCAGAUGCUAAGAGGGUAUUGCGUCCAAUUUCAGAACUUAUACUAUUGGUACCCGCUAAGAGGAUCUAAUCACCUGUUAUAAACUGUUUUGAUUGUUCUCAUAGUUAAAGUUACACUGUACUACAUAUUAUAUUGUACAUUAAUUAAUUUGGUGUUGUAAACCUUUUAAACUUAUUGCAAAUUGAAUUUUGAUGAUGUCGUCCAUCAUGGUGGGGGAGUGUGCGUUUAUACCUGGGUAUAAACUUUUGAAUUGCGCCCUCUCUCGGCGUAGUGGUUUUUUUUAUGGUUUCCCUAACGACGAGCUAUUGAUCAUUUUCGUCAGUUAAAUUAACGAUAUUGUGGAUUUGACG